AUGUCAAGUGCUCAAGAAACCGUUUCUUUAUCUGAGAAACACAUCCAAGAAGAACCUGCGGAGUAUAAAAUCCUGUUCAAUGACCCUCUUUGGAAUACUAAUCCCGACUUGACCAAACCGGCGUCCGAUACCAAGGCUGCUGAAGUUACUAAAGAGCCGCCCUCGCAGCCAAAAUGGUCACUUAGCCACGGGGAAAGGAUUAAAGAGCUAAGAUCGCUUCUGAAAGAUUCGAAUCUCAAAUACGACAAAGAGAACAUUCAAGCUGCCAUCAAAUAUCACAAGACGUUCAAACCGGAAGAGCAGUGUGGCAGCAAGAAAGCCUUCUUCAAACACGGCUCCCAAGUAGACGAAGAAGAGUUCAAGCAUCCUCAGGCAUGCAACUGCAUUGGUGGAUGGGCAGAGCCCCCUUAUGAAAAUCCAUGGGGUCAAAUCAUUGACGAGAGAGUGUAUAAUGCUAACCAACGUGUUCGUGAGGGCACUGAGGCUAAAGCCGAAAAGGAAAGGGAAAAAGAGCUUUGUGAACUGAAUAAGGGCACCUUGCAUGGGUUGGCGAGCUCGAUGUUGGAACCAUUUCGCCGGUUGAAUAAGGCAUUCCGGAACUAA